GUUAUGAUCUUAUCCAUUCAUCAGCCUCCAACACCAACUCCUCCCACCAAUGCUAGUCCACGCUGCCCUCCCAUCAGUGCACCACCCAUGGCUCCUGUUGCUCCUGAACCACAACCAUGUCACUGCCCAAAAGGUGGUGCCAAUGGCCGGUUUUCGGCACCAAAGGCCUUCGGAGGUGCACCGCCGAAGGGCAGAGUGUGUAUCAUGGAAUGCGAGACGGAGAAUAAGAUAUGAAGAUGAUGAGAUGGAGGGUGAAGACUAUGGGCACAAUUCAGAGAUUGAAAUGCUGGAAUCUUACAGCCAGUCAGCUAGAAAUGAGGCUCUUUUGGUGCGAGCCACAGUUGAUGGUGAAGAAGAGUUGGUGCUAAUCUUUAAGGGGUUCUCAUCUUGUUUAAGCUCCCGAACCACAUCGGACCCAUCGAAGAGUGUUCUUCCAGCAAAGGCAGUCAUCCAAUUCAUAGAUGUGAUCAAGGGUCCAUUUGAUCCUUCCAACAUUGAGUAUAUAGAGAAGGACUUGACGUGGGAGGCCUUCAAAGCUCGUCUCCAAUCUAACUAGUUGCAAGUUUUGGUUCAGUAUCGGGGUAAAAAAAUGCUUCGCUGCACACGUAAGUGCAACCAAGACCAUGGCAUCAUGGGAACCAAAGCCACAAGGCUAUUUCCACCCUUCACUGCGCGCACAAAGCCCAUCAGCUUAUCGGUCUCUAAUCGCUUCAUUUCAUAUCUUCUUCUGAGAUGAGCGACAUAUCAUCGACCUAAGCUGCAUCGCAGAGGAACCAGUCUCGUCGGAUUACUGCAUAUUUGCACCAGCUAAUCUUCAUGGAGCCGCUCCUUUGAAAGGCCAUAGACAGAGCGGUGCCUAAAAAACAGCCCAUGGAGAAUGGAGUGACCGCCUGCAUGAGGUUAACUGACACAAGUUUUAGGUAUGGGUGAUAUCGGACAAACAGUAAGAGCGUCAAAGUGAUCAUCUCCAAUAGCUUUGUGCUUUUUGAUGCCCACAAUAAAAAUUUGGGAAGACAUCUUUGGCUUUGCAGAUGACUGAAUUCAUAAAAAUUUUGAAUUCUCCAUGACCUUUUAUAGGCUCAACAUAGGUUUGUCAUUUACUUCCUGUUUAUGAACUCGAAGGUUCGAGAAUGAGCUCCAAUUUAAUGUUCGAUAA